UAAAGGUGCCAUGGCCGCCCGCAAAAAGGGGCCGCGGGCGGGCGGGAGCGCAGUGCGAGCGGAGCGGGCACCGGGCACGGCCUCGCCACGGAUCUUACCCCUUCUCCGCGCCGGCACCUCCCUCGCGGCCGCCGCAGACCAUGCCCUCUCUAUGACGGUGGCUUGCUGAGCCCACCCUGCAUGCCAGAAGACUGUCCUUGGUUGAUCCGAGGGCUUCUGGGGACUCCGGCCUCCGCCCGCUUUUUCCGCGUGUGUGUGUUCCUGUAGAACUUUCAAAACUGUUUCUCCAAAGGGUUUUGCAGAAACUCAGACUGUUUUCUAAAGCAGAGGCACCUCAGUCCCCGGCCGUAGUGAUGGGCAGCGUGCGAACCAACCGCUACAGCAUCGUGUCUUCGGAGGAGGACGGCAUGAAGCUGUCCACCAUGGCCGUGGCCAACGGCUUCGGCAACGGCAAGGGCAAGGUCCACACCCGGCAGCAGUGCCGGAGCCGCUUCGUCAAGAAGGACGGGCACUGCAACGUCCAGUUCAUCAACGUGGGCGAGAAGGGGCAGCGCUACCUGGCCGAUAUCUUCACCACGUGCGUGGACAUCCGCUGGAGGUGGAUGCUGGUGAUCUUCUGCCUGACUUUCAUCCUCUCCUGGCUUUUUUUUGGCUGUGUGUUUUGGUUGAUUGCGCUGUUGCACGGGGAUCUGGAGAACCAAGAGAACAGCAAGCCUUGCGUGUCUCAGGUGAGCAGCUUCACCGCAGCCUUCCUGUUCUCCAUCGAGACCCAGACCACGAUCGGCUACGGCUUCAGGUGCGUCACCGACGAGUGUCCCAUCGCCGUGUUCAUGGUGGUUUUCCAGUCCAUCGUGGGCUGCAUCAUUGAUGCCUUCAUCAUUGGUGCCGUCAUGGCAAAGAUGGCUAAGCCAAAAAAGAGGAACGAAACUCUGGUCUUCAGCCACAAUGCCGUGGUGGCCAUGAGGGACGGGAAGCUGUGCCUGAUGUGGCGCGUGGGGAACCUGAGGAAAAGCCACUUGGUGGAGGCGCACGUGCGGGCGCAGCUCCUGAAAUCCAGGAUCACGUCGGAAGGGGAGUACAUCCCCCUGGAUCAAAUCGACAUCAACGUGGGCUUUGACAGCGGCAUCGACCGCAUCUUCCUGGUGUCCCCCAUUACAAUAGUGCACGAGAUAGACGAGGACAGUCCCCUGUAUGACCUGAGCAAACAGGACAUGGACAAUGCUGACUUUGAGAUCGUGGUCAUCUUGGAGGGCAUGGUGGAGGCCACCGCCAUGACCACGCAGUGCCGUAGCUCAUAUCUGGCCAACGAGAUCCUCUGGGGCCACCGCUACGAGCCCGUGCUCUUCGAAGAGAAGAACUACUACAAGGUGGACUACUCGAGGUUCCACAAAACGUACGAAGUGCCCAACACACCCAUCUGCAGUGCCAGGGACUUAGCGGAGAAGAAAUACAUCCUCUCCAACGCCAACUCCUUCUGCUACGAGAACGAGGUGGCGCUCAGCAGCAAGGAGGAGGACGAGAUCGACACGGGGGUGCCUGAGAGCAUGAGCACGGACACCCACCCGGACAUGGAGCACCACAACCAGGCGGGGGUGCCCCUGGAGCCGCGGCCGCUGCGGCGGGAGUCGGAGAUAUGACUGGCAGGCUCUGCCUCUCCCGCGGGGCUGGAAGGCGAAACCCCCACCGUGUCCAUCGGGCAAGGGCUCGUUGACCUGAGAAGUUGGCCCAGAAGAGUUUGCAGACAACGGUACUGUGGAAGAGUGGCGUGAAGGCAGCAGACCCGAGGAACCCAGGCUGGUUUUAGGGCUGUCCUCAGAGGAGGGACGACAGGAAAUGAACUCUAAACACAAAGCACUAAACAUGUCUAAGUAUGAACAGAAGGCACAUAUGUUGUAGAAUAAAUUAUGUAUAUAUUUUUUUACAAAACUUGAACUUGCAGGCAAGCUUUGGUUGGGUUAUUAUUAUUUUUUGUUUUCAACUUUUUCCAGAAUGCUUCUCUCUAGGGAACAAGAAUGUUUUUAAUGGCAUAACAAAGGCAAGAAUCUGCCUUAUUAUUAUUAUUAUAAUUAUUUUUUAAAAAGCUGCUGCUAACUACAUGAACACAAAUGGUUAUUUUUGUUGCAGUGUAGUUUUUAUUUUUCUCUUGUGUAAUUUAAAAAGAAAAAAAAAAAAAAGUCAGUGUUGAACUUUUUUGGGUUGAAAAGCUCAUGAUCAGUUCAGAGAGGCCAAUGUUGCCAGAAAGUUUAAACUCCUUUUGAGGCCAGUAGUUGAUAGCUAGAAUCAAUUUCUCUCUUUCCAAUUACAUAAGGGGCAUUAUGUAAUAUCAGGCCAAUCAGUAGCCUCCAGCAAAAUUAUGAUUUUUUUGGGGGGAGAAUUUAAUUCUCUGUCUAAAGGAAAAAUGAGACAAAAGAUAUGUAUUCAUAGGAAAAAGUACUAAGUUCAAACUACCUAAGUGGAUACCAAAGAAAAUGCACAGUUUUGCACAGUGGAGUUUAUUUUAAAAAAAGAAAAAAAAAAAGGAAAAAAAAAAGGAACAGGCUGCUUUAAACAACAACAAAAAAUCAAACCUCAGACACUUUUUUGGUUUUGACUUUUUUCUUUUUUUUUUUUCUUUCUUUUCUUUUUAAGACCUUUAUUUUGCACCUUAUUCUAAAGGCUUAAGGCUCGGAUCUAAAGCAAGCUGGGCCUCCUCCUCUUUCCCCCUGUUCUUCUGUGGGGGGAAUAAAAUCCCUCUUUCCUUGUGGGAGAAAAAAACUCAGCUGGGGGAAGCAAACCAGCAUCAUCUGCGUGUCCUGCCUGGCCAGCCUCAGCUCUGAGCAGAGGAGCUUUCCCUGAAACUGUGCCACGGACACGCCGUGGAGCUGCUGGCUGAUGCCAGAGGCUGCUGGAGUUUGGCCACGGAUGAGCCAAGCAGCAGAGGAGCCCCCAGAGGAGUUUUUUGAGGAGGAAGGAAGAGGAGGAAAGGGCCUUGGCAGCACAGCACUCAGGAGUGGCAGAGGGAUGUUUUGUGCAAAAUGCUUCUCUUCGGCAGGGCAGGGGUGUGAGGGAGGUGGAUUUCCAUCUGGUGGAGAGAGGGAUUCUUUGGGGAGGACGAGGCUGCAAAGGGAGCUUCACCUCCUGCCUCCCUCCCCAGCAAACCCCAGCUCAGCGGGUGACACUCACCCAUCACUCGUCACCGAGCAGAUUUUGUCACCUUCAGCAAAGCUCUGGUGGUAUUUUGGCUCCUUCACCCAGAAGGCUUUAAAUUCUCUGUGCCUCUAAGCUCAAGGAGACAGCAAAGCUGUGCUUGGCCCCUGCUCGUGGGGGCGGUGGGGAUGGCAAUCCCAGAUGACUCUUGCAGUAUUGGAUCACUGUAUGCCAUUAAAAAACAGCUUGUUCUAGGUCUGGUGUCUUCUGCACGUGGAGAUCUGUGGAGGCCUCUGGCCCCUGCCAGCCCUGCUGGAAGAAAUGCCUGCAAUGAACUGGUUUCUGAUAAGAUGCUAUCACAGGGUUGGAAACUGGGGGAAUUCCAUGUUGGAAACACAGAUUUGGCUCCUGGAGAGGGCAGAGGAUGAAGUGCAAGUCCUGAGGCUGUUACAGGGUGGGAGGAUGGAAAAGGAAGGGAAGGGUGGGCAUUGAAAGGCGGUCUGGCUGCAGUUUCUGGCUCAACAGUGGUGGAGACAGCGGGGUGCUGCUAGUGCUGCUAACGGUGAUGUUCCUGCAGAAGGAGAAAAACCAAACCAAAGAGUAUUCAGUGACACCGAGAGGGCACGGAAACAACGGGGAAAGGGAGGCUGAGCAGGAGAAAGGGGACCUGGUCUCAGAUCAGCAUCCCCGACGUGCACAGCGCUCCCCCUAAAUGAUACUUGAGAUAUUUGAGAGAGGGAUGAGAGAUGGGGGGGGGAUGGAAAAGGCAGGAUUUGUCUCAUUUCUUUGACACACAAGAAAUCCAGAGAGUUAAAAAAAAAAAAAAAUCCCCUCCCCUUUAACAUUUCUGGUGCAGAGGUUUUGGGUUUGUUUGUUUUCUUUUUUUUCUUUCUUGUUUGUUUGUUUUGUUUUUCAAGUCGGUUUUUCAGAAAUAUUUUUAAAAAUUGUACAUUUUAUAAAGUUUAUCAAGUAUUUUCAUAUUUAAAGCCAAAUGUAAAUAGAAGUCUGUAAAGGAGGACAAGGAGAAGACAACGAAAAGGCCACAAAAAAAAAGUAUCAAUUCAGCUCAGCAGUCUCGGCUCGCUAGGACUAGAUGCUACAGGUUAGCAUGAUUUUUAGCAAAUUACUUGCAAGCCUUAUAGGAUUCCUAAAGCUCUGAACUUCUCUUUAUUUAUUUUUUAAGCAUGGACUUUUCAUUUCUAGUUACUGGCGUUUUUGCAGAGCUCCCAGAGCCGUGUCGAGGGGGGUGUGCAGGUGUAAUCCAUUGCUAAUCUCUGCUUGUUCUUUCUUUCCCAACCCUUUGUCUUUGCCCAGGGAACCCCACAUUUCAGCCCUGGCUCUGGGAAGCUGCUGGGAAGAGCCCUGCAAGUGGCCCCCUUCUCCUUUUUCCCAUCAAUUUUGGCUUUCUCAACAGCAAAUUGGAGUAACAAUUUAAAAAAUGGUUAUUUUUGAGGACUAGACAGUGACUGACAGCUUUCCUUCAGCUCCCGUUGAUCGUGGGCCAAGCUUAGGCUGACCUGAAACCUUAAACUUCAAACCUUAAACUUCAAACCUUAAACUUUAGACCUUAAACUUUUUAAACCUUGCAUUUUAAACUUUAAACUGACGGAGCUCUACCCACAGCCUCCCCCAGGCCUCGGUCCAGCCUCUUUAUCCAGGAUAAAUUGGCUCACCCGGCUCGCACGGAAGCUUUUCUCCUGUCUUUUGCUUAGGGGCUGGGGGGGAAUAUGUUAUUUCUGCCCUUCCCUGAAAAUACUUGAAUGGGACACAUUGUCUGACCCACAAUUCUGUGUACAGUGACAGGAGCAGAGGUGGGCAGGGAUGCUUCCCUCCCUCCGUCUCUUCCGUGCGAGUUCUCCUGGGUUGAGUGGCCAGGGUAGGAAUCCUGGCUCAUUAGCUGGCUUUAAUUAAUUUAAUUUCACGGCUCUCCCGGCUGUGAAAACACUUCUGUGUUAGUGGAAGCCCUCGGAAAAAGACAAAGGGUUCAGGUAUUUAAUUUGUUCUCUUCGGUUUUCUUUCUCAUGAUGGAUUACCCGAGGUAAAACUGAGAAGUACUGUAAUGUCUUUCAUUCUGGCUGCUCACCACAUUGUGGAGUAGAAGGUGCUGCACAGUUACCACCCCACAGCCCAUCAGAAGCUGAUUUUGUAAGGACUUUUUUUGGCCUGCAGCUCUUGUAAGACGAACAAUCUCGGCGUCUGACAGUUGUCCAUGACUAUUUUCCUGUUUGCAGCCUUUUUGUAUCGAAGUCUUCCUAAUGUACUGCACAAAUUGUGGAUUGUACAGAUUUUUAUAUAUUAUGUCUUAUUUUAUUAUUUCUAAAUAAAUAAUUAAAAAAAAAUGAGAAAAAAAAAAAACAAAACAAA